AUCCAAAACACUUUAGCGUAAUAUCGCAGCGACACCAGAGGGUAAUAUUCGAAUUUUCCCGAGUUUAUAAAAAGGAGGAGAAUAGAAAAGGUAGAGGCGUAGUGUGAAUUCGCGAAAACCAAAUGGAUCCAGAUGAUGUGGCGACGGCAUUCGUGAAGCACUACUACUCCACCUUCGACUCCAAUCGGGUCGGGCUUUCUAACCUCUACCAAGAAGGCUCCAUGUUAACCUUCGAAGGGGAGAAGCAUCAGGGCUCUCAGAACAUCGUCAACAAGCUGACCGGUCUCCCUUUUCAGCAGUGCAAACACAAUAUCAGCACCGUCGAUUCCCAGCCCUCUGGUCCCGGCGGCGCCAUGCUUGUCUUUGUCAGCGGUAAUCUCCAACUCCCCGGCGAACAGCAUCCUCUUAAGUUCAGUCAGAUGUUUCAUUUGAUGCCAACACCGCAAGGAAGUUAUUAUGUGUUAAAUGACAUAUUUCGUUUGAAUUAUGCAUGAAGGGUGCUGGGUUGAAUUGUCUCUUGGUCAUGUUUUCAUGAUUGAUUUGUCUGAAACUGAACAAGUUUACAGAAUAUCAUAUUCUAGAAGUUGAAAGACAUUGCUUCCAUCGGAUAUAUCAACCUGUAAAAGACUAGUUCUUCUGUGUUGUGGGGCAAGUUGAUUAAUGGACUCGGUUAUGCUUUUGAGUUUUAUGGAAUUUCAUGAGCUCUACCUUGUUGCAUUAUGUCAUUCA